AUGGGAAGCCUCUGGAAGGUGCAGAGACAGCAGAGGCACAAGGAUCACGAGGCCCAGGCUGGCCGGGAGCCCCUAGUUCACGGUUUGGCUUAUGGCUCCCACCAGCCAAAUAGCACAGAAGAAAUUCAGGCCCUGUCCCCAGCCUGCCAGCAGAAGUUCAGUGGCAAGUCAACACCUGCACCAUCCUCGAGGGACACGGCAGCUACUACAGGAGUGGCCGUCUUCGUCCUGCUGCUUUCCUGCGGGCAGGGAGCUGAGUUCCGGCCGAUAAACAUGACCACGGAGGUCACCAAGGGCGAGCUCAAGGAAAGGGGCCCCGACAGGCUCCCAGCCCAGCUCCCAGAAGAGGGGGAGGAGCCCUGGGCGGUGCUGCCGGGGGGCCGACACUCAGAGUCCCCGCCCACUGCCCGGCCCGCGAGGCUGCUUCAGCUCGGCCAGGCCGGGGAGGCCGGCGGCCAGGAGCGCAGGGGCCCCACGGAGCACUGGCUGCCGGCGGUCAGCUCCCCCAGGGGACUCGGAGCGCCCGGAAUCGCUCGCUUACCUCGGCCCCCCGCCCAGAGAGGCACAGGGCAGGUGGCCGUGACGGUGUCCCUUCUGCACGUCACAUCCUCAGCCCGCCGGUCAUACGGGAGCCGCGUGGGCCUUUUCCGGAAGGACGUGCGGGCCCCUCUUCACCCGCCCGGCGCUCCUUCCCCCCCCCGAGGGGCGGCGCCAGUGAGCGCGGCCCGGGAGCGCGGGUGUCGCCUCGCCAGCCCCACCAGGAGGCUGCGCUCCUCAGGUCGCCCUGGCCGGCCCUCCAGCUUGUGCCCCGGGGUCCCGGGGGGCGUCCACAGCUCCAGACGUCAGGGCCGCCGCCAGGUCGUCAGAAAGAAGCAGGAUGAUGCUGGCCUUGAUGAGAGCUAUCAAGUUGGUGGUCCUGAGGGUUACCAUGAGCUCUCAGAUAUUUCAUCAUUAUCUCUGGACCCUGAGGACAAAAUUCUCAAUAACGGUAAAUGCAACCUGGCAGGUCCCAGCCCGAGCUCAGACGAGCCCCAGCCUGUGACCCCCUCCGGUCCCGUCAGGGGCUCCCCACUCCCGCCCGUGGUGCCGGGGUCACCGGGGCCCCCAGGGCCGAAGCACACGGCUCGGCCCUUCUGGAAUCUGCCCUGGAGCCUUGGGUGGACCACGGCAGGCUUCAGGAUGCCCUCAAAGGGCCUGGCGCCCCCUUGCGGGGCCCAGGGGUCAGGCGCAGCUGCUCUGGGCGCCCAGGCUGGCCCACAGCCCCUCCUGAGCGAGCCCCUCGACCCGGCCCGGCCCGGCCCGGCCCGGGCUCCUGUCGGAAGCGACUCCACGACCCACGACUCAGCCUGA